AAGCUACGUUGAGAGGACAGAUAACUGAAACCACAGAAGGCUUUGGAAUCCUGUGAAACAAGAAAUCCACCAACGGAGAAGGAUUUAUUAUCUGUUUCCUUUAAGGAGGGUGCAAAGUUGUUCUAACAGUUUCCGUUAGAGGGGUACCAACUGGCCGCUCCUCCCCAACAGACGGUUUAGUUGAAUUAGCUUCCUUUUUUUUUUUUUUUUUUUUGGCGCCAGUUCCUGCGACAGAAACUGCUUGAGGGAGGAGUCCUCGGGGGUGUUCUCUGAGGUUUCCUUCCUCGUCCCAUACAGUCACCUGAGGUGGGACUGUGAACUGAAUGAAGCAGGGCAGAGGUCCUUCAUAGCCAGAGGAGGGGAAAGUCAGGGGGAUUCCCCUACUUUCUUCUCACCCAGGCGCUGGGUACCGCUGCUUGCCACAAAAACCCCAAGAAGGCUUUCUUUUGCCUAUUCAUAUUGUCUAUUGUGUGCCAGGUCCUGUGCUGAGCUGGUGUGGCGGGACAGGAGAGGACACGCGGCUCAGGCAGCAGUGAAAAGGCCUGGGGCAGUACCCGGUCCAGCCUCGGCCCACAACGAGAAGUCAGAGGCUGUUUACGGAAGGGGGAACUGGGGCGAGAGCCCCGACUGGGAGCGCAGCGCCCGCGCACAAACUGAUGGCGAGCGAAGAGGCAAACUCCUCAGGUGUCACCACGCCGGGAAGACCACAGCCUCAGAGUGACACCAGUGCUCCAUCUGCCUUCAAGAGAGUCUUCCCACCCGAAGUCAGAAUUUGGAAGCCAGAGGAAGCUCAGUCCUGAUGGUGUGAGGAUGGGGCUCCUGGACCCGUCCCAGAAAGAGGUGCUGAAAUUUGCAGUGAGCUGCCGCAUCCUGACUCUAGUGCUACAGGCACUCUUCAAUAUCAUCAUCCCAGACCACCAUGCCGAUGCCUUUUCUCCUCCCCGCCUCGCCCCCUCGGGCUCUGUGGAUCAGCUUGUGGAAGCUCUUCUGGGUGGUCUGUCUCGAUGGGAUGCUGAACACUUCCUGUUUAUUGCUGAGCACGGCUACCUUUAUGAGCACAACUUUGCCUUCUUCCCUGGCUUCCCCUUGGCCCUGCUGAUGGGAACUGAACUGCUGAGGCCCCUGCAGGGCCUCUUGAGCGAGCGCAGUUGCCUGCUGGUCUCAGUAGCACUUCUCAACUCCCUGUUCUCUGUGCUGGCCGCAGUUGCACUUCAUGACUUGGGCUGUCUGGUUUUGCACUGUCCUCGCCAGGCCUUUUGUGCGGCACUGCUCUUCUGCCUCAGCCCUGCCAAUGUUUUCUUGGCAGCUGGUUACUCGGAAGCUUUGUUUGCCUUCCUGACAUUCAGUGCCAUGGGGCAGCUGGAGAGGGGCCGAGGCUGGGCUAGUGGGCUGCUCUUUGCUCUUGCCGCUGGGGUGCGCUCCAACGGGCUGGUCAGCGUUGGCUUCCUCCUGCAUUCUCAGUGCAGAGGCUUUUGUUCUUCUCUGGUGGUGCUGGACCCCUUGAAAGGGCUGGUCAAGCUCAUGGCCUCUCUGUGCUUGUCAGUACUCACAGUCAGCCUUCCUUUUGCCCUCUUUCAGUAUUAUGCCUACACCCAGUUCUGUUUCCCAGGCUCAGCCCAUGCCAUCCCUGAGCCCUUGCUGCGGCUAGCUUCGGACAGAGGCUACCGGCUUGCAGGAGACUAUGAGCCCCCAUGGUGCUCCCGGGCUCCUCCACUAAUAUACAGCUAUAUUCAGGAUGUCUACUGGAACGUUGGUCUUCUGCGAUACUAUGAGCUCAGACAGGUGCCGAAUUUUCUCCUAGCUACACCAGUGACUGUACUGGUUGUGUGGGCAACCUGGACGUAUGUGACCGCCCACCCUUGGCUCUGCCUUACCCUUGGGCUGCAAAGGACCAAGGACAGGGAGAGCCUGGAGAAGCCCCAUCCUGGCUUCCUCAGUGCAAAGGUGUUUGUGUACCUGGUCCACGCGGCAGCGCUGCUGGCCUUUGGAGGUCUGUGCAUGCAUGUCCAGGUUCUCACGCGACUUCUGGGCUCUUCCACUCCCAUCACAUACUGGUUUCCAGCUUACCUGCUUCAGGAUCGAGAACCACUGUUAAGAUGUGUAGACACAGCCCCUCAGAAGCUUCUUGAGAAUUCCCCACCAGGACAAAAGGCCCCCAGAAACUGUGUCAUGAAACUCUUAUACAACUGGAAGACCUGCUCUCCAGUCACAAAAUGCAUCCUAGUCUACUUCCUGACCUACUGGCUCCUGGGACUAAUUAUGCAUUGCAACUUCCUGCCUUGGACUUGACCUGGAAUCUCAGGGCAAGCUGGAAGCUAAUUUAAGCCUGGGUCUGAAAGCUGUAAGACACCCCAACUAGGACUGCCUGGACACUCCUGGAGCACUGUCCAGUGGGAUUUCCCCAUGUCUCUCUGGAGGCCAGUUAAGAAGGGAAAAUGGGAGCCUCUCAUCCUGGGCGGGGUGAAUUUAGGGGAGUAACUUCGCUGCUCAGUAGAUCUGUCUCAAAUCUUCCUGGUCAACAAGUAUGAGGCAAUCUUGAACCUA